AUGCAACUGCCCAUCAUCAAUACCACGAAAGCUGUUAUCAGCAGUGUGCAGACUGUUCUCAAACAGCCGGGACGGUUUAUUUUAUCUUGUGAUGUCUCCGAACAAAGUGACGCCGAAUUUAUAAGAUCCAGCUAUAGGCGGUUUAUGCGAUUACGACCGUUAGUGUCUCAAAGACUUAACGUUAAACACGUUUAUACAAACUACAUAGCAUACAAAUACCGAUACGAGGACUACGAGGCGAAACGUGCUCUGGUUCUUACCAACCGUCACUUGCUAAAGCAUGAUUGGAGGCUCGUUGUUGCUAAUUCCUUGAAGUUUGUUAUUCAAUCGGUUGAUGAAACGCAUAAUAACCAAGAUGUGGCAAUGGCUCACAGAAUCUUUAAGAGCAUACUUAGCUGGCAGUAUCAGCUGAGGAGGUCGUGGAAGAGCCCCGGGGAGGCGUACACGGCAUAUAUGCUCAGCUUCAAGCAUCUGAGGACAAUUUCUUCCACUAAUGAACUGACGGAGAAAGAAGUGACGCUCAGGUUAUUUGAUCAAUGCGUAGUAUUUUUGAAUGAGACGCUGAAGACAAGGUUGUAA